AUGGAAUCAUUACUUCAUAAGCGGAAUCUAGCCCUCGAGCGGCUAAAACGUGAAAACGCGAGUGCUAAAUCACUGAAAGAGCGGCAAGCCCCGACGUACGAGGUAAAGGAUCGACUUCGUAAACUCCAUGAACUGGAAGAAGGCUUUGAUCGUAUUCAAACGGAAAUCGAGGAUCUUUCGGAUCCAGCAGAGCUCUCCUCCGUUAUAAAUUUCCGUAUAGACUUUGAAACAUUGUUUUAUGCGACAAAAGGAUUGUUCACAAGCCAAUUAGUGGAUGAUGCAAUCGGUAAUGAUGCAUCGCUGAACUCGCGGCGGAGCACGAACAGUGAUGCGACAUACAUAAAUCAUCCAAAUCAACUGGAAGAGGCGAUUCGAGCGCUUCUGGAAACACAGCAGGCAUUAUUAACCCGGCAGGUUGCAGCUUCAACUUCUGCAGACGAGUUAGCUGUCCAACUUGGAGUUAAAAAUGCAGAGCCAGUAGACACCCGGUUAUCGUCCUACACUCUUCCCGUCUUCAAAGGUGAAAGAAAACAUUGGCCAUCCUUUAAUGAACUGUUUUUGAGCAGUGUGGAUAACAAAAAUCUCACCAACGCACUGAAACUGCAGUUGCUGUUGUUACAUUUGGAUGGAGAAGCCAAAAACCUUGUAAGUACAUACAAAAUUACGGAUGUCAACUACAAGGAAGUAUGGGAUACUCUCAUCGAGUAUUACGACAAACCGAAAUUCGCUGUAGCUGCGCUUAUACAGGAGUUUUGUGAUCAACCGGUAAUCAAAACGUUGAAUCUGCCCAAUGUUAGGAAGCUCGUAUCAAUUUCCGAUGAAGUUAUACGUCAGCUUAAAGCUAUGGGCCCGGACCUGCGAUCGCAGUGGGCUCAAUAUAUAGUUGAUAUCGAUAAUCCACAUUUCGAUGAUUUGCUAAAAUUCCUGAAGACAAAAUGCGAUGCCUUUGAGACAUGUGCUGCAUUCAGUGGACUGAUGAAUGAGUCGAAGCGCGACUUCAUUAGGGAUGAAAGAAAAUCUACAAUCAAAAAGGAAGUCAAAAGUAUGAUAUCCGUGAAGGAACAGAAUUGUCCAAUAUGUUCAGAAAAUCGCGUCAUCUACAAGUGCAACGAAUUCAAGUCAGCUACUGUACAAGAAAGACGAGAGCUAGCGCACCGUGCGAAACUAUGUUUCAAUUGUCUCAGAGUGAGUGGUAUCUCGGAUACUACAACGGGGGAAACAAGAGGAGUUGUCGCUUUGGACAUUUCGUCGCGUUUCAACUACAAUCUGGUUGUUCGAACACAAGCAUAUAUAUUGCCCAAACUGGCACGCAAUCUUCCUGAGCAGAAAAUUAAUCUACGUCGUUUGAAAUGUCUUCAGUCACUACAGCUAGCGGAUCCUGAAUUUGAUAAACCGGGAAAAAUAGAUCUCAUUCUCGGUGCAGACGUGUUUCUUCAUAUAUUGGAAGAGGGUAAACUGAACGACGAAAACGGCAUUCCUGUUGCAGUGAAAUCUACAUUUGGUUGGAUUGUAGCGGGUCAAAUCGGUGCGACAGUAGCUUUACGUUCUUACCCGUCAAUUAUCAAUUUACACACUCAGUUAAAUGUUGAUAAACUUCUUCGACUGUUUUGGGAAGUUGAAGAAGUCAAUUUGCUACGACAACUUACACAAGAUGAAACUAAAGCAGUUGAGUUUUUUCACUCCACACACCAGCGUGACGCAGCAGGUCGUUUUGUGGUUCGUCUACCUUUCGACGAGUCAAAACCAGCUCUUGGUGACUCGCUCAUCUCGGCUACCCAGCGUUUAAAAUCAAUGGAACGGAAAUUCAAGGUCAACCCCGAGUUCAAGAAGCUGUAUCGCCAAUUUAUGACCGAGUAUCUGGAACUUGGCCACAUGGAACGCGUGCCACCUGAAGAGGUGAAUAUUCCCGUUGAAAAGCGAUUUUAUUUUCCUCACCACGCCGUGCUGAAGAGUGAAAGUACCACCACUAAGCUACGCGUUGUUUUUGAUGGGUCGAGCAAAACAACAACAGGUAUAUCACUGAAUGAUAGACUGCUUGUCGGACCUAACAUCAACGAAGAUUUUUUUGCAAUACUUACGCGAUUUCGGACAUAUGCCGUAGCCUUUAUGGCAGACGCGGAGAAAAUGUACCGCCAGGUCAAGGUACACAAAGAGGACGCUGAUUUUCAAAGAAUAUUGUGGAGGGAAGAAACUGAUCAACCCAUCGAACACUAUCGAUUGCUAACCGUGACAUACGGCACAGCUUGUGCUACUUAUUUGGCCAUUGAAUGUUUGCAGCAAGCAGCAAGGGAUUGUCAGACGGAAUUUCCUAUGGCAGCAGACCGAAUAAAACAUAAUUUUUACGUGGACGAUCUUUUGUCCGGUGCUGAUACGCUGGAAGAUGCAAUUAAAUUGAAAGCCGAGAUUAACCGAGAACUUAAGAAAGUGGUCGUCGAAUGUUCCAGAAUUGUUGGCGUCUCUCACUGA